UUCUCGGGCACUGCAGCCCUAGCCACCAUCGAGCUCGACACGGAAGCCGGGCCCGGUGAACAGGGCUCUGCAUCCUCGUAUGUCGCACACUGGUGCCAUGCCAACCAAAGUACCAUCCUCAACAGCUGCUUCGCGCCCUCCUUCGUGAUCGGCGUCUCCGGGCCGCGCAUCUCCAUCUCGGGCGCUAUGUUUACGGGAAAGCCCGUCGUGCAGCACUUGACGAGAGAUCUAUGGCUCUCGCAGGACCACCACAUGGACGAGGCCGUGCUAUUGGAGAACGCGCGCGUGCUCCACGCGCUCAAGCUCGCGCUCGACCGCCUCCACGCGUUCUACACCCGUCUCUCGCUCCCGGCAAAUGAGGCCUCUCGCUUCUUUCCCAUCGCGACCCGGUACCGUGCGGCCGACGGCUGCCCCACGACUUUUACAUACGUGGAUGUGCUCAAGAGCCCCGGCGAGGGCUCCAAUGUCUUCCUCGCGCAUCUCGACGGGCCGGAGCCGCGCGCUGUCGUCGUCAAGUUCGUCGAGCGGUACGGCGUCCGAGCGCACGAGCUCCUCGCCGCCGCAGGCCUCGCGCCCGCGUUGCUAUACUUCGGUGACAUUUGGCCAGAACAAGAACAAGAGCCACGGUACCACGGGCACAAGAUGGUGGUGAUGGAGCACGUCGAGGGCGUCGCGGCCUUCGCGCCGGAACAGCAGAAGGCCGCCGCGCCCGAGGUGGAGCGUGCGCUGAAGAUCCUGCACGACAAUGGAUUGGUGCACGGGGAUGUCCGCCCGCUGAACAUCUUCCUU